CAAACGCGCAACAAGCGUACGAUCGCAUGAUCAGCGGGCACUCAGCCGAUUUGUUGAAAUGGUGUGCUUUCACGUCUUAUGAAACGUUGCGAAGAGUGCUGGUUGUCUCCUUUUCUUUCUAGAUCAGCCAGUUUUGUGGACAUGAGUGCUUUCCGCGAUGAACUUCUUCACCUAACUACGUUUCUGCAUCCCUGUGAUUGCUGCUUCAUGGACCUCGUGCCGAGCUAUGUCGAAAAGUGGACGACAUGAAGAGCACCCGAUUAUUUAUUGUACGUAUUUGUACUUAAAGAAAACGCCAGAUUUGGUACACAUCUGCAAGCAUGGAGGAUCCCGAAAUUCUUACAAUAGAAUGGGAGAUGAUGGACAAAUCCCGAUUUUUCGUGUUCAGUAUGAUCAACUCGUUCACCUUGCGUUGCCUGGUGUACCCUCUGACGGUCAUCAAAACGCGACUGCAAGUCCAAAAACCUGGAAAGCUUUAUAGUGGUACAUUUGACGCCUGCUCAAAGAUUCUACGCUACGAAGGCUUCGUAGGUUUGUACAGAGGCUUUUGGAUUAAUACAAUACAGAUGGUCUCGGGCAUCGGCUACAUCUUCACGUAUGAAAAAGUACGGGACAUGCUGUCUCGACACGCUGACAUACACGACCGACGUUUAAAGGGUCUUAUAGCUGGUGGCUGCAGUUCUCUCGUGAGUCAAACUAUCAUCACACCCUUCGACGUUGUCUCCCAGCACAUGAUGGUUUUGGGCCGAUCGAGCAAAAGCGGCGGUAUGGUCAUGAACCCGCUCAACAUCAGCGUCGACCUGAAGAGGAAGCACCUCGUCUCUGCUGCCAUUGUGCGCGAAUUGUAUCGGAGAGACGGCUUCAGCGGGUUUUACCGGGGCUACUUCGCAUCCCUACUUGCAUACGUGCCCGGCAGUGCGCUAUGGUGGAUGUUCUACCCGGCCUACGCCGAUGGGCUGCGGCGCGUCCUGCCUGGCUGGACGCCUCAGAUGUUGGUGCAGUGCAUGGCAGGACCCAUGAGUGGCGUCACCGUAUGCUUCAUCACCAACCCGAUGGACGUUGUGCGGGCCCGCAUCCAAGUGCAGCGCAUGAAUUCAGUGACACAAACCUUCUGGCAGCUCUGGACUGAAGAACGCAUGCGCAUGUUCCAGAUUGGCCUGUCGGCUCGCGUAAUGCAGAGCGUAAUCAGCUCAUUUCUGCUGGCUUUGGGCUACGAGACGCUCAAGCGGUGGAGCGUACAUGACGAGUACAAGGACAAGAUUCGGUGGUAGUUUACCAGGCACCAUUACUGCAAGCUUGUCAGAAGAUUAUAGUUAAGGGGCUCCUUGCUGGAUGUGUGCUUGUACUACGUGAUAGUGUUUUAAUUCCUGAGCGCCAACGUACCAUAGCAAAGAUUGAUUUAUUUCUAUAAAGAAUGAUAGAGCAAGAAAAAGAGACCUUAUUAUGGUGUGCUUUAUUUGCUAAUGUCGUGCCUCGUCACAUUCUGGUGGCAGACGCAUUACCUGCUUUUAAAGCGCACCAUAUUUGUUCUUUAUUUAUAAUUAAUGUUUAAUUUCAGCUUGCUGCUGAAGUGAGUUAACCAUUUUUACGAAUAGCACAUUGAACAGUAUUUUUAAGAAACUUUCAUGUUAGAUGGAGACAAUUCCCCGUUCCUUUUUUGCUUACUGUCAACAUUUUUCCCUUGCAGUCAUAAUUUUAUCUCAAGCUUAUGGCAGGCUGGACUUUGUUGAACAGCACAUCACCACACCUAUGUGCAAUAAGUAAAGAUUUUCACUAACAUAAAUUUAAAUGUGUCACUUUCUAGUCUACAGGUUUGUAAGAGCAUUCAUAAAACAGUUCCCUUUAGUGCUAAUCAUUUUCAGAUAGGCAGCCAUGAAAUGGAAUGCUCAUCAAAAUGAUAGCCAAAAGUACAUCUGGCAAACAUGUACCCUGCAGAUUUUUCUCUCUCUCUCUUGCUUGGUGCACUUUGAAGGACUCAAACAUUAACAUGUUUUCAGAUUCUCUCUUUUCCAUGUUUGUUUUUUAUGUUUGCAGAGUUGCAAACUUGCUAUAGCAGUACGACACUUAGGGGUAUGAAAUUGCAAUGUUAGCAUGUUACUGUAUAGACUUGUGUAAGAGCCGCACUUUUUUUUUUUCACAACUUUGACGAGGUGCGGCCCUUACACAGGACUGAACCCUUUGGUCAAAAUGGUGCCGACGCAGCCGGCGACUACUGCACACACCGGAUCCCCGAAUGUACCAGUGCAUUAGAGGUCAAUGCGCAGCUCUCGCCAUCUAGUAGGGGCACGCGGAAGUGUGCAGCGUGCAAAAAUUCGCCGAUGCGUGUGCACAGCAUCGGGGCACCAAAGACGAUUGCUUCUCCGAUGGAAUUUUCUUUCUUUUUCUUCAAAAUUUUGGGUUGCCAAGUUGGGGGUGCGGUCCUUACAUGAGUCUAUACGGUAUUUCAUGAGACUAGUCGAUGUAAAUGUAAUGCACAAGAAAGGAAAGAGCAGUAAUAGCUAAUUAUAGUAUACAUGAAUAAUAAGCAUUUUUUUAUUACAAAAGAAUUAAGGCUAUAUGUAUUUAGGUAUAAAAUUGUCUGCAAAUGUGGAUUGCAACAUUGAGGGAGCUGCGAGAAUUUCACUGCACAGUUUAACGCAGUGAGAGAAGCUCCUUGUUUGCAAUGUUUACUAUUGUGUUGAAGUCCACAUCCAAGAAGCUUCUCCAAAACCGGUGCACUCUUCCCCACACUUGUGCUGGAAAACAUGGGCUCCCUAUGCCAUGAAAUAUCCGUGCCACCGCUCGACCAUUGAAUGAGUGGUCCCUGUGUUGCAUCACAAGGUUUCGAAUUUCCUGUCGAAGGCUGCUCAGGCAUGGCUCCUGUUGGAAAGGGAAGGGCAAAGAGGGGAAGAGGAAAUAGUUAGCCUGAUGCUAAACUCUUACAAGGCUGCAACAAUGUGACACCCCAACUCUAAAACCAUAAUGUACUGUAAUGUAUGAUGGCAGCUGUGGGAUAGUGCCAAUUAACAUUGUUUUGUUCUUUCACAUUUAUUCAUGCUAGCUUACUGUCGCCUAGGUAGACUCGCACAUUGCAGACUAGCAGAAACCUAUGUACUGCUUCACAAUCUGGCCAAGGAGUGGAAGCUACAAAGCAUCCUCUGGUGCUGAAGACUUGAGCAGAUUACACUGUGAUAUAGAUGGGUACUUGUAUGAUCAUACUUUUGAUGGUUCACACCAGCUGCAGCCUUCCUUUCAGAGUGAGAAACAAAAUAUGCACAUCAGCAUACGUAUUAGGUGGCCCUGUUUACACCUGACCAUACUAAAAUAGUGCUGCCAUAAAUCUUGCAGCAUCAAGCCACCUGUAAUACUGCACCAUGAUAUAUACUUAACAUUUUAAAACCUUUAAAUCUCAGCUUUGCUUUUCCAAGCCCAUUAAAGAAAAAUUUCUCACUGUGCUUAUGACGUAUACUUGCAAAGCCUAGAAAAAUAAAAAUGAGGUCUGCUGGUAUUCUCUAUGAGCAAGCUUAAAGUCAUGAAUAAAAUGACCAUAAACCUA